GGCGGGACUUCGCCAGCGCGGAGACACCAGCCAGCGGAGCGGUGUAUGAAGCACCCACUUUGCGCUCGGCUCCGGUGCUUGAAGACGGCAUGUUACUGCCUUGCUUUUCGUGAAUAAAUAUCCAGAUCUCGGCGGACCCCGCUGAACAGAGAUGGCCUUUUUCGCCAGUAACUUUUGGGGCGAGAAGAAUACCGGCUUCGAUGUGCUCUACCACAACAUGAAGCACGGCCAGCUGGCCAGCAAGGAGCUGGCCGAGUUCGUCAGAGAGAGGGCUGCCAUUGAGGAGACCUACUCCAAGUCAAUGAGCAAGCUGGCCAAGAUGGCAAGCAACGGGAGCCCCCUGGGGACCUUUGCCCCCAUGUGGGACGUCUUCCGGGUGUCCUCGGACAAGCUGGCGCUCUGCCACUUGGAGCUCAUGAGGAAGAUGAACUCCCUCAUCGUCGACAUCAACAAGUAUGGGGAUGAGCAGGUCAAAGUUCACCGCAAGACAAAGGACGAGGUGGUGGGUACGCUGGACGCCGUGCAGAUGCUGCAGGCACAGAAUGCGCAGCUACAGAAGAGCAAGGAGAGCUACAGCAGCCGGGCCGCCGAGCUGGAGCGCCUGCGCAGGGAGGGGGCCCCCCAAAAGGAGCUGGAGAAGGCAGAGCUGAAGUCGAAGAAGGCGGCGGAGUCGCUGAGCUCCAGCGUGGAGAAGUUCAACCGCGUGGGCGGGGACUUCGAGCAGAAGAUGAUGGAGUCUGCGCAGAAGUUCCAGGACAUCGAGGAGGCCCACCUGAGGCAGAUGAAGUUGCUGAUCAGGGCGUACUCACACUCCAUCGAGGACACCCACGUGCAGGUGGGGCAGGUCCACGAGGAGUUCAAGCAGAACGUGGAGAAUAUUGCCACUGAAAACCUCAUUAAGAGGUUUGCAGAGCACAAGGGCACAGGCAAGGACCGGCCAGCCCCUGUGGGGUUCGAGGAGUUCAGCUCUGGACCGGCACCAGAGGGCGCUAAGAGAAUCCGAUCCAAAGCCUUUAGGAUUCCUGGGCUUGGCAAGAGGGACAAGGAGCCCGACUCCACGGACACGCCCGUCACGGACGCCCUCAAUUCCCCAGAGGUAGAUGAAGAGGGUUUUGUGAUCCGCGCCGACGUCGCACAGAAUGGCUGUCCCCAGAAGGAUCCCAGCUUCUACUCCAGCGACUCUGACUUUGACGACGACGAGCCCAAGAAGUUCCACAUCCGGAUCCGGCCGGUGGGCGGAGGGGGGGGCGGGGGGGGCAGCCGCCCCAACCCGGCCGCCGACGAGCGGGAGCUGAGGGCCACCGUAGGGGCCCUGACACUGGCCCCCAACCAACCGAUCUCAGUGAAGAGGAACUUCUCCAAGAUUUCCAUGGGCCUGUCUGGAGCACGCUCAGAAGACGAAGGGGACAGUGCACCCAUGCGCAGUGCCGACGGAGAGCAGGACGGACUGCGGAGGUCGGCCUCCAGCCCCGAUCAUGGCAGGUUGAAGUCGACAGCGGCGGUGUCGGAGUCGCUGUUCGGACCGCCGCUAGAGUCCGCCUGCCUCAAACCGGGUCGCUUCGCAGAUACCGCCUUCUCCUCGGACUCCUCCUCCCCUGAGAAUGUGGAGGACUCCGGUCUGGACUCGCCUUCCCAUCAACCCCUGGGUCCAUCCCCUGAGCCCACGGGUUGGGCAGCCUGGCCAGCGGCUGCGCAGAGCAGAGAGCCGGCCGCGUUUGUUCGCCCCCCCGACCCCUUCCUGACAGCUUUCCGUGACCCCUCGCCAGGGCGCCCCCUGGCAGCGCGGGACGACCCGUCCGCCACAUGGGCCCACGCGCCCCGCUGCCCGCGGCCCGAAUCGGACCCGGCCUUUCCCGGUUUCCCUGCCUUCGGCUGCCCCCUGGCCCCCCCAGAUCUGGAGACCCCUGUGUGGAGCUGUAAGCACAUCCCCCCUGAGGACCCCUUCCUUACUGCCUUUGAAAGGACAACCUCCCCUGAAGUUCCACCCCCCUCAGAGCCCUGGGCCCCGGCUCGGCCCCGUUUGAGCCGAGAGGGCCGGGGCGACCCAUUUUCGGUCACCCUCAGUAACAGUAAGGCGCUCACUGGUUCCUCCUCCACCUCCCAGAAGGACCGAGACUGGGACCGGGACAGGGCUGUCUCGAUUCUGGACUCUCCUGAGGACCCAUUCGCCAUCACCAUGAUUGGCAGCCCCACGCACCAAUCAUCUCUGGCAACAGCAACUACAGCAGCCACCCAAGGAACCAGCGGUAGCAGCAAUAGAUUAGCCACUGGCUCCGCCUCCAGUUCUGGUUCCACCUCUGUGUCCCGACCUAAGAAGGAUAUGGGGCACUGGAAUUCUCUGCACAACCCUUUCAGCGAGGGCCCCCCAGUGGCUGCGGGUUCAGGAGGAGGCGGAGCCGGGCGAGAGAUAACCAGGAAGCAGAGGGUAUUGGAGGCGGGACUUCGUAGGAACGGCCCGCCGCUCACACGGCAUUCUGGGCCGCAGGAGGACCUGUGCUUCUCCACGGACAAUGACCAGGACUACCUGGACCUGCAGGUGCCCGGCGACUCGAGUUCCCACAGCAAAGCAGGCACGCCCCCUCAUUCGCGGCGUAACAGUGCAGAUCUCUUGUCCCCGCCCCCCCCCUGCCCAUCGCGCUCCAGGCGGGCUCACGGGGGCCGGCAGAGCAGCGGCAGUGAGCGGUCCAGGUCCCUGUGCUCGUCCCCCCUGCCAGACCCUAGCCCCGCAAUCACCGGCUCAUCCUCCUCGUCCUCUUCCAGCCCCAGCGAGUGGGGUGGGCAGCCCGGCGCGGCGCCCCGAGCCCCCAGCCCGGCCAGAGGCGUGUCCCGGGGGCCGAGCCCAAUCUCCCUGAAUGCGCAGGAGACCUGGCCGGUGGCUGCUGCUCUCACUGAGUACAUCAACGCCUUCUUCAAGGGUGGCGAACACAACCGCUGCCUGGUGAAGAUCACCGGUGACCUCACCAUGUCCUUCCCCGCCGGUAUCACCCGCAUCUUUGCCGCCAACCCUAACGCCCCGGUCCUCAGCUUCAGAUUGGUCAAUGUUGGUCGAGUGGACAGCUUCUUGCCCAAUCAGAAGCUGCUUUAUAGCGAUCCCUCCCAGAGCGACCCGGCCACCAGGGACUUCUGGUUCAACAUGCAGGCGCUGACCCUGCACCUUCAGAAGGAGGCAGAACUAAACCCCCAGGCAUCCUACUACAAUGUCGGCGUCCUCAAGUACCAGGUGUCGUCCCAGGAUUCCGGCUGUGCCCCCCUCCUGCUGUCCGCAGAAUGCCAGCGCAGCGGCACGGUGACCCGUAUCUCCCUUGACUACCACUGCUGCCCGGCGACGGUGCCGGCCGCCCAGCUGACCGGGGUGCAGGUGCUGAUGCAGCUCGACCACACCGCCACCGACCUGCAGUGCCAGCCGCCCGCCGCCUGGAACCCGGAGGAACGGCGGCUGCUGUGGAAGCUGGCCAACCUGUGUCCAACGAACCACAGCAAAGGCUCCGGCACACUGUGUGCCAGCUGGCAGUGCCUGGAGGCGCCACGGGGCCCCCCACCCUGCCUGAUGGUGCAGUUUGUGGGCACGGGGGCCUCGCUGGCCGGGCUUGACGUGGAGCUGGUGGGGAGUCGCUACCACAUGUCGCUGGUGAAGAAAAGGUUCACUACAGGAAGGUACAUGGCUGGCUGCUCCAUGUGAGGAGGCCGGAACUUUCCGUGGGCCACAGAGGAGACGCGGUGAGGGUGAGCGCGGACCAGCCAGAAGCGCCUUUCUCCAGCGGCCUCCCAGAAGAGGGGGCCCCGGCUUGACGCACUCCACCCCCGCAGAGGAGCCAUACUUAAUGGGGGGGGGGGUGGUGUCAAAGGCUCGGCUGCUCAUGCAGAGAGACACACUUUGUACAGGGUGGUUUGUGUGCGUGUGUGUGUGUGUGCCUUCGAUUACACUCAUUCAAAACUAAAUGUCAAGCAUACGUCCAAGGAACGUACCCACCUGCAAUACAUCCGCACACCUGGAACUGCCUUGAAAACUUGAAUUUUUAUAUUUGUAUACAGGAAUCUUACAUGCGGUAGUUAAACAGUGAGUUUGUCUGUAUGAUUCACUUUGUCUUGAGUAACGUUUGCACACUGAGCACUGAGGUUAUGGCAAUAAAAACUGCCACUUUUCCAAAAAAAA